ACUGUUUCCAUUAGUAAGUUUGACUAUAAUUUAUGAACCAAUUUCUUAGUUAAUUGACAAUUAAAAGAAGCUAUUAUGGACAGAAGGACUAGGAUGUUAAUGAAAUCAUAAGUGAAUUCAAUAUUGAAAGGCAUAUGGAUAAUCCUGUUAUAAUAUAUAUAACCUUUAUUUAAAGUUUAAAAAGAAAAGCACAAAAUUGGUUUAUGUAAAGCCCAUGGACAUAAUAUCGGCCCUAAUUUGUAGCAACGUUGAUACGAAGUUUCAAGCCCAAGAAAGUUUCUGUGAAAAACAGACACAGACAGAGAGCAAGGCAAGAGUCACAGAUGGAGAGUAGCAGUGCAAUAGAUGCUCAAACGGUCCUUCAAAACCCUAACAAUGGAGUAAGAAUUCCAAUGAAUAAGAAAGAAGAGAAGCAAAAGGUGGUCGUUAUAAUGGGUGCCGCUGGUUCAGGCAAAUCAAAGUUGGCCAUUGAUUUAGCGACCCACUUCCCCAUUGAAAUCAUCAAUGCUGAUUCGAUGCAGGUCUACCAUAGCCUAGAUGUUCUCACCAAUAAGGUUCCCUUCCAUGAUCAAAAGGGAGUUCCUCACCAUUUGCUUGGGACUAUAAGCCCAAACGUUGAAUUCACAGCAAAGGAAUUCCGGAAUGCUGCUAUUCCUAUUAUUAAUGAAAUAUUGUCACGCAACUGCUUGGCGGUCAUUGUUGGGGGUACCAAUUACUAUAUUCAGGCUCUGGUGACUCCAUUCCUUCUAGAUGAUAAUUUGGAAGCUUUGGAUGAAAGCUUUCGGAAUCAGCCCCUUGGAGAUGAACAUAGUGAUGAGAUGCCCGAGUAUGGGGGAAAUGAUGCCAAUAGAUAUGAUUAUCUUAAAAAUCUUGAUCCUGUUGCAGCUAACAGAAUUCAUCCAAAUAAUCAUAGAAAAAUCAAUCAGUGCCUUAAUUUGUAUUCUCGCUCAGGUAUUCUCCCUAGCAAAGUUUAUCAGGGAAAGGCCGCAGAGAACUGGGGUCGCAUUGAUGAUUGUAGAUUCAAUUGUUGUUUUAUUUGUGUUGAUGCUGCAAUACCCGUGCUGGAUCAGUACGUGGGGCAAAGAGUAGAUUGCAUGAUUGAUGCUGGAUUGCUCGGUGAGGUUUAUGAUAUUUACAGUCCUAAUGUGGUUUAUACCCGAGGCUUACGACAAGCCAUUGGUGUAAGGGAAUAUGAGGAUUUUCUGAGAGGUUACCUUUUGGAAGGCAGGAAUUUUAGUCCAAAUGAUUUUACUGAUGAAUCUCUCUUCAUGGUAUCAGCAAACAAGGAGAAGAUGCUGAAGGAUAAUAUUAGAGAGAUUCUCUGUUCCUCUGAUGAUAACGAACUCAAACUUGUUCUAGUCGAAGCUAUUGACAAAGUAAAAUUAAAUACCAGAAGACUUAUUCGUCGUCAAAAAAGGAGGCUUAAUACGCUUCAAAUGUUGUUUGGCUGGAAUAUACAUUAUGUUGAUGCAUCGGAAUCAAUUUCAAGCAAAUCAGAUGAAUCAUGGUCCGCACAAGUAGUCGGACCUGCAGUGGAAAUUAUCAGAUCCUUUUUAAGUGAGGAUGGGAGUUCAGUGUCUGACUUGAGGGCAAGUGAUGGUGCUGGAAUGGGAUCAAUUGAAAGGAACUUGUGGACUCAGUAUGUGUGCAAGGCUUGUGGGGAUAGGGUUCUUAGAGGAGCUCAUGAGUGGGAACAGCACAAACUGGGCCGUGGGCAUCGAAAACGAGUUUCUAAGUUUCGGAAGGUUCAAAGGCAAGGUUCUUCCUUGGUGGACGAGGACAUCCUAACCAUAGUUAGCAACCAAGUUUGAGGAUCAUAGAACUUUCUGGUUAUGAGCUGGAAUGAUAUGAACGACCUUCAUUCAACAUUUCUUUGUGAUAGGCAAGGACAUUCUGACCAUAGUUAGCAAACAAGUUUCAGGAUCAUAGAGCUCUCUGGUUAUGAGCUGGAAUGAUGUGGACGACCUCCAUUAAGGAUUUCUUUGCGAGGUAUCAUAUGAAAAGGCAACAGGGGAAUGUACCAACAUUUGUCACCUCUUUUCUUUGUUUCUUGAAAAAACGUUGACGUAGAUUCUACUUUCACAUUCACUCUUCGCUAUUACACGACACCUUAAUAGUCUUAAAUGACGUUUAUGUUAGGACCUAAGGGCUAUAUUUGGCUGGAUGGAAUGCAAUUUGAUGUAAUCAAAGAUGUAAUGCAAUGAAAAAAUGUAACUUAAUGAAAUGUAAUUAGGCUUUCAUUACUUUGUUGGGCAAUGUAAUUGAGAAAAUUUAUGAAAUUUAAUCAUCAUUUCUUUUUUAUGUUUGUA